AUGUCCGAAGGCAUCUAUCGACUCAAAUGUCAUGUAGCCGGUAGGUCAAGCAAUGUGAGGGCUUGUCAUAAGGCCAGUAAAGAGGCAAUAAAGGAACUUGUUGAGGCACUAGAUGGUAAGAAGAAGAAAAAGACCGAGAAGCAAAUUGAAGAGUCUGAACUUAGAAAUGAAGUUUCGAUAUCUGGUGGAGCUACGGAGAUGGAUGAGGAUAUGGAAGUCAUGGGAUCAAGGAGAAGAAAAUGUGAUCACGAGCUUAUGGGUAGAUUUGUGGAGAUUAAUUCACAACCAAACACUGAUUCUACAAAGUUUACAAAGGAAGGGAUCUCUUUCAUUUCCUCAAUGGAGGAUUCUGAUGCAUCCCAUACGGGAACCUACAUAUUUGACUAUGUCGACAAAUGCAUUGAAGAUGUAGGACCAAAAAAGGUAGUGCAAGUUGUGACGGAUAACGCUUCUAAUAACAUGGCAGCUGCAAGUUUGAUGGAAAAGAAGAGACCCAAUUUAUUUUGGACUUCUUGUGCCACACAUAUGGUGAAUCUUAUGCUUGAGGCAAUUGGUAAACUUCCAAGGUUCAAGAAUGCAAUUGAUAAGGCAAGGGCUUUAACCAGAUUCAUAUAUGCACAUCACUCAACCCUAAGCAUGAUGAGAAAGAUGACGAAGAAGCGUGACAUAGUACGGCCGGGUGUUACACGCUUUGCUACUAAUUACCUUUGUUUGCAAAGCUUAGUGGAGAAAAAUGAGCAACUAAGACUUAUGUUUGCUUCAGAAGAAUGGGCCCGGAAUUCACAUUCUAAGAGUGCGAAGGGAAAAGUGGCAUAUGCGACAGUUGUUAGCAUCUCCUUUUGGAAGUCCGUGAACUCGUACUUGCUCAUUUUUCGUCCAUUGGUGAAAGUACUUCAGUUUGUUGAUAGUGACAGACCAUCUAUGCCAUGGUUGUAUGGAGAACUUCAAGCGGUGAUAAGAGAGAUCAAGGAAGACGUAUCUAGUGGACUUGAAAAGAAUUAUAAACCGAUAAUUGACAUAAUUGAGAGUAAAUCCAAAGGAAGACUUGAUUCCUCUUUGCACUUGGUGGGUUACUUGCUUAAUCCGUACCACUUUGCAAAGAAUAGGGUAAAUAUAGGAGAUGAUGCAACUAUAAUGGAAGCAUUUCUUUAUUGUGUAGAGAAGUUCUUCUCCGAUGAUUUGACCACUGAAGGGAUAGUGUAUGAUGAUGAAUUGAUCAGGUAUAAGAAAUUAGAGGGAAAGUUUGGAAGAAAACAAGCCCUUUUUUCUUAUGAAAGAAAAGGUGCCAAUGAGUUCAAUCCCGUUGGGUGGUGGAGUAACUAUGGUGGUAGUACAUCAAACUCGAAGAAGAUAACAAUUAGGAUUCUCUCAUUGACCACAAAUUCAUCAGGUUGUGAGAGGAAUUGGAGUACAUUUGAAGGGGUGCACACUAAAAAGAGAAACAGACUUGACUCAAAAAGAUUGAACAACUUGGUGUAUGUUCAAUUCAAUGCAAAACUUCUCUGCAAGAAGCAAAGAGUGAAAUCCGAGAGUAGGAAACGAAGGUGGAAUUUUGAUUUCCAAGCAGCUCUAGGUCUUAGGGAUGGUGGCGAAGAGUGUUCACUUUAUAAACCCUUGAUUAGGACCCUAAAACGUGUUAUGGUUUUCUUGCCUGAAAUAAUUGUAGUUAUAGAUUUUAUAUAUGCGAUAUCUCAUCACCCCAAGCCUCUUUCAGCUUACAUACUUAAGCGCUUAAAGCUAUCAAGUAGUAGCAGGAAAGAUAGUUUAUAG